AGACUUUGCAGUAGGGAACUCAUUCAAUUGGCGUUUCAGAGCUUUCAAAGGUUUCACUCUGAAGAAUGGAAGAUUUCUACUUUAACUCACUGAACCAAAGCUUUGAUUACUGGAACAUCACCUCUGACCAAUAUGAUUACAUCGACAACACUGAGCUCUAUGACUAUUACAACAAACUUUAUUUCAUCCUGUAUGUGGUGACAUGCAUAAUCGUUGCUGUCGGCCUUCCUCUGACCCUCGUAGCCAUCAGUGCUCUUUAUUCUAUGGUGAGAAGAGAUCAUGUUGCUCCCAUCUACGUCAUCAACCUUCUCAUUAGCGACCUGCUUCAGUUCUGCUGCAUGAUCGUUCAGGUGGUACCAACUGUGGAUGAGAAGAUAUAUAACAUCUUCUUAUACAUUUACAUCUCUGCUCUGUUUGCCAGUGUUUACUUCAUGGUCUGCGUCGCCCUGGAAAGGUAUUUGGUCAUCGCCCACCCACUGCGGUACAGCCGCAGACUAUCCAUCAGGAGCUCUGUGGUGGUCUGUGUCCUGGUCUGGGUCCUUUCUCCUGUCUGUGCCGUCUGUUUCUAUUUCUUUGUUGAAAAUCUGGGGACAUACAUAAUCUUCGCCAUCCUCUUCCUCCUUCCCUUCCCGCUGUUAAUCUUCUUCCUGGUUGGGACCCUCAAAGCCCUGUCUGCUUCCAUCUCAGUCCCCUCUGAUGAAAAACGACGAACUGUGGGAGUUUUGGUUCUGUUGCUGCUUAUUUACACCCUGCUGUUCCUGCCCAGCAUCAUAUUCUACCUGGAUGUAAUUCAUGACAAUUUCAUUCUGUCUCUCAUCUUAGUUAGGUUCAGUCCUCUUGCAGACUCAGUCCUGUAUGUCUUCAUGAGGAAAGGGUUCAUAGACAAGCUUUUGGCCUCUGUGUGUUGCUGCAGAAUGGACAGCAAUGAUAUCAGCAGUCCAUUAGUAUGAAUGAUGACAACAUUUCCACAGUCAGCUUCAUGUAGGCAGAGAAAGAGGGAGAGAGAGAAAGGGGAGGAAACAGGAGGAGAAAUGGAGGCCAAUAGAAAGGAUAGAGACGAGACAGAUCCUGUCAUCUACUGAGACCAUUUCCAAUAAGACACCUAACUGUAGAGAACAGGAAGCACUGUUUGGACUCUGCUGUGGGAGAAGUGGCUGCUGGGAAAUGUUUUGGUCAACUUGCUCUGGUUCACUGUGAUGGCUUCAACACAUGGAAAUAAAAUGUGUUUUAUUAGUUUGGA